UUUUAGGGGAAAAAUUGGAGUUCUCAUCAGGACAUGGUGAAGUAAAUCCUAGACAGCUCGGAGAGGAAUUAGAAAUGAAACGAGUACAAUACCAGAAUAACCUUAAAAAAAUCAAUCGACAAUGCAAGAGAAAUGAGGUGAAAUUGGAGGUCAAGCUUGCAGCUGGUUAUUGUCCUGCAAAAUUGACGGUCGAUGAAGCACAGAACUCGAAUACUCGCUGGAUUGUCUUAGACAGCCACUUAAAGAAAUACCAGGAAAUCAUACGGGGGCAAGUGGGAUGCAACAUUGCCAUAACGAAAGGAAAAGAUAUAGCAACCUUGAUGCCAUCAACAUUUCCUCCAUUAACAACUAGAACUUACCCUCCUGAAUGCUACAAAAGAUAUAAUCGAGAAGUUGCCACCAAUGGUCACCCUGGAAGCCAUGGAAAAAAUCCUGAGCAGGAACCAAAUUCAUCAGGGCAGCAGCCGCAAACUCCUCAUUGGUAUCUUCUAUCCUGGAGAAGUGGCUUCCCCCGAGCUUUUACCUUGAGGGAACUUGAAGAGAUGACAGAGGGCUUCGCGGAAGAAAACUUGAUUCAGAAAUCGGAAAACCUGAUGGUUUACGAGGGAAUUUUCGAGGAAACGCCUGUGCUAAUCAAAUCGUUCCAGGAAAAUGAUGAUCGAUUCUGGUCAGUGUUGGUGAUCCUUUCCAGGGCUCGCCACCGCAACAUUAUGAACCUUGUGGGCUACUGCUUCACAGGCGGCUGCCGCUUCAUAAUCGUUGAUUUUCCAUGCCUGGGUACUCUUGCCAGUAACUUGAACGAUAAUGAGUUGGCGAGAAAAUUGACAUGGAAAGCAAGGUGGUAUAUAGCCAUAGAAAUAGGAGGAAGCUUAAGGUAUCUUCAUGAAGAGUGUGGAGAUGAACCUAUUGUUCACCAAUCUGUUUGCUCUGCUAAUAUUGUUUUUUCUCACUGUUACUGUGCAAUGCUUUGCAAUUUCAUAAUGGCAAAGUGGCUAAAUCUUCAGGAAUCAUCGGCUAAAAACGAAAAAGAUGAGAAGCUGUAUGUAGAUGUACGAGAUUAUGGAAUCUUCCUAGUGGAGCUGAUCGCCGGAUCUGCUGAAGAGAAAGACCGGCAAUCUUUGGUUGAUUGGGCAGUACCACUUAUGAAAGAUGGAAAUAUAGAGGAAGUCAUGGAUCCCAGAUUGCUGGAUGGUAAUAGUGAUAAAAAGAUGAUUCAAUGCAUGGCAAGGGCUGCCUUGCUCUGCCUCAAUUCACCUCAUCCCCGGCCUUCAAUAAGUAAGGUUUUAGCAGUGGUUCGAGGUGAUCCACUUGCCAUAAGCAAGUGCUCUCCAUAGGAAAGCACUGCUUGAUUUCAUGGACCGAGACAACACAACAUAAGAAAAGAAAGAAAUUCAGUAGUUAUCUUUUUCAUCAUGAAUAAUCAGUACCACUGAAUCAAAAGAGCUCCCUUCACUGUCUUAUUAUAUGAAAAAAAAAAUAUUUGCUUCUUAUAGUGGAAUAUUGUUUCCUGCUUAAGUUAAUUUCUCAAUAUUAUUAGACAA